AUGAAUAACAUAGUUUUGCAUCCAUAUAGUUUGAAUAGCAGUGUAAACUAAAAUACUCUUCGUGAAGAUAGCCCUGUAAAGAUUGUAAAUCAUAUUCCAUCCUUACAAAAUUUAAUAUUAAAGGAGGUGAAAGAAAAUUAAUAAAGCUUGCCUGUAUUAAGCUAACAGGCUUACAGCUAACCUAACAAUAAUUAUGCAGGUAACUCGCCUGCAAAUUAUGGAAGCCAGCUCUAAGUUGGAAAUAAGCGAUUUGGAAGCAGCUAUGAAGUCGUUAAUAGCAUGAGUAAUCCAUUUUCAACUCCUGAAUUAGAUGAUAAUAUUCGAUUGACAAAUCCUUAAAACAAUAACUAUGUGGGCAGCAAUAAUUAUUCCUAAAUGCAUAGAGAUAGUCUCAGCUUAAAUUUAUAACAGAACAAUCUGAGCACAAUAAAGGUCAAGUCCUAUACGGGCAGCUAUAUUAGUAACACAAGCAGCAGUAUUGCUCUGCAAGGAAUAUUAAAAAAGCAAUAUGAAGGAGCUAGAGAAGGACAAGAUUAAAGAAUGAAAUUAUUCACAUUUAAUGAGGAUUUAGCUCAUAUGAAUUAGGGAAAAUUAGAUAUGGAAUAAAGUCCAAUUGCUCCUGACAAUAUCAGUUUAUCAGAGAAAGCUCCUGUUUCUAGCUUACUAAAUAAUAAUGUCUUGCCUGGAGGUUAAUAGCAAUAACUCUAGAAUUCAAUUAAUCUGCAACAGUAACAAUAUUAGCAACAACAAUAACAACAAUUUGGGAUUCUUACAGCUACAAAUAGAAGAAAGGAAUCUGUGAAUUAAGGAACUUAUAAAACUGCCACUAUCGCUUAUACUCAAUAUAAAUAAAGGCAAAAGCGCUGGAAAGAAAAAUGGAUGGUUAUGUCAUAUUUUAUAUCAAAAUCUAUACAAAACUUCAAAAAAAUCUUGAUUUUAUCUAAACCAGCGUAUUUAACGAAAUUACAAUUGAAUCUAAUUAAUGAUAAAAGUUCACACUAUGAUAAAGUAAGAGAAAACAAAGAAAAAAGGUAUUAGGGAUGGCUUUAUGACAGCUAAGGUUGCUGCUCGAGAAGGAACAAAAAAAGAAUUUUAAUACUCCUAAAAAAAAUUAGAGGAAUAAAAAAUUUUGUACUGAACACAUUAAAAAUACUAGAGCAAAAAAUUAAUGAUUUUGAUUAAAAACUGACCCCAUUUUCUCCUUUGAAUACAUUCUUAUAAUUUUUUGAGUUUUUAAUUUUGAUUUUUACUCUAUUUAUUGGAAUUUGCAUUCCUUUCUACAUAUGUUUCUAAGAUGAAAUAGUUGACACUCCAACAGGUGAUUCUCUUAAAAUAAUCAUCAAGCAUGUUGCUCCUUAUGUUUUUAUAUUUGAUAUAUUGAAAUAUCUUAACACAGGUUGUUUCAUUCGAGGAUAAAUUAUAAACGAUCGAUUGUAAAUUUUUCAAAACUACAUGAGAGAGCGGUUUAUCUGUGAUUCUAUCAGCAUAAUAGCACUUUUUAUUUUUGAUUCAGACCCUAUCUUUCCAAACAAUUUCACUCUCAUAUUCUUUUACUUUAGAUUUUAUUUUGGAUUGCACGUGAUUGGUAAAAUCAGAGAAUCUUUCCUGCUCAAAGAUAAAACACACGCAUUAAUAAACAUCCUAGUUAUCGUAUUCUUCAUUACUUUCUUUGCACAUGUAUUUGCUUGCUUAUGGUAUUACAUAGGCAUGCAUUAAGGAGAUGAUCUAAAAUAAUCUUGGAUAUAACAAACAUAAGUGAAGAAUGACUCAUUGGAUGUUAAAUAUUUAGAUUCUCUUUAUUAUGCAUUCACAGCUAUUUCGACUUUAAAUACAAGCAUAUCUCCAUAAACGAAAUACGAAAAGCUAUUCCUCAUUUUGAUAACAUUUUGUACCUAUGGAAUAUUAGGCUUGAUUCUGUAUGAAUCUUAGUAAAUACUUGAGAAUCUCUCUUUGAAAAAGAAAAAUUAUUUGAGAUAGUUAAAAUAAAUUACAAGAUACAUGAGUGAUCACAAUGUUAGUGAGCAUUACUAAAGUUUAGCUAGGAAAUAUCUUUAGUAUGUAACUAAUGAAGGUUUAGACAGCAGACAGGUUAGCGCAGAUAAGAGUCUGUAAGGAUUAUCUCUUUAACUUAAAGAAGAUAUCAUUAAAGAUGCCUUUAUGAAUUAACUGAAGGGAAUAAGAGUCUUUUCUAGAUAUUUUUCUCAACAGUUUCUAGAAAAGCUUGCCAUGAAGAUGGGUGAAUAGAUUUUAGGUCCUGAUGAAUAUGUUAUAAACGCAAAUAAGCUAUAAUCUCCAAAGAUCUAUAUUGUCAAGAAAGGUCUUAUUGAAUUUUUUGUUAAUAUAGGAACGCAAAGAACAAAUAUCAAAGAUUCUUUAAAGAGUUUUAAAAUAUUCAAAGAAAAUGAUUACUUUGGUUCUUAUGAGUUUUUCUCUGAUUCUUACAAACCUCACCUUUCUGCUAGAUCAAUUGGAGUUUCAGUUGUUUAAUUUAUUUCUCUUACUGACUUUUUAGAGUUAUUGCAUGAAUUCCCUGAAGAAAGAGAAGCUUAUAGCUAUAUCAAAGAAAUGGUAACAAUUUACAAAUAGCUGGAUAUCAUUGGAAUCACUUGCUACUCAUGUGGAGAAAGAGAUCAUUAAACUUUGAACUGCCCAUAUUUGUUUUAUGACUAGCAGAGAGCUAAUAUUCUAAAGAGGAUAGACUAAGAAACUCAUUUCCAAGUUAGAUAGUACAAGAGAAAAAAACUUAAAAAAUACAAUUGUUUAAAGGAAUGUAAGAAAAUCUGGCAUGAUUAAGAUAAAUUUAUAAUUGAUAAUGCUGAUGAGUUGCAAUCAUAAAGCUCUAUGAAAUCUUUGGAGGUAGAAGAUAAUCUUUAAUUAAACAAUAUAGAUUUACCUAAAAUGGAUUCUUAAUAUCUUGAUUCAUAUUUCCACAUGAGAGGCAAGACAUCUUCGAUAGGAACUUUUGGUACAUUGAGAGUGAGAGAAGAUUAACCACCUGGAAAUAUUAACAACAUUUACUUUGAUUCUGAUUUAGAUGUUCAUUCUGUUAAUUCUCAUCUAAAAAGCAAUGCUACAAAAACUGUGAAUGAGCACGAAUGGAAUGUUAAUAACAACAGCUUAAAUUCAAUAAAUCAGCUUCAAUCAAACACGAACGCUAUGAUGCUAAACUAGCCUAUCAACUUAAAUCCUUUAAUACCGAAAACUCCUAGUUUAUAAAGUGCUAUUGAAGAAGAAGAUUAAACAAACUUUAAUACAAGAAAAAUGCUAAGCAAGCUAACUUCUUCACCUAGCAGGUAAAGUAUGAAUAUACCAACCACAAAAUUGCCUGAUUUAAAAUACAGAUCGAAGUCUACACAUAUAAAACCUUCAGUUGGCGAUAGUUUUGUAGAAGAGGCUAGCUCCUUAAUAGAUAUUAAAUCUCUAGGAACAGCUAAAUCACCAAGGCCAAACACUGUCGUUGUACCUGCACAAAAGUCAGAAUCUUAACCCUCUUUAAUGAGAAGAAACACUACAAAGACAAGGAACAGAGUUUAAAGCUUCAAUUUAGACACGACUUAGUACAGAGACAACACAUCUCCAUGGAGAGAGGGAACUCACAGGAGCCAAAGAAAAUAAUACGAGCAAAGCAUAUUCAGCUAGCUACAAGACAAUAAAUCUAACAACAUAGAAGAAGAAGAGUCUUCUUAUACAGAUGAGGAAGAUGAAAUACAGAAGGAAAUGGCAUCUUAAAAAUCUUUCUCUUAUAAAGACCUAGCAAGAAGUGACAAGCAAAGUAAACCCUCUGAAAAACAAUAAGGAAUUCCAUAUUACAGUGAAAAUAUAUAUACUUACUAAUACAUACAAAAUAAUUUCUCUACAGUUCAUUCCUUUAGGACUUUCUUCCCUCAUAAUAAUGUUGAAAAUGUCAUUGAGUAUAUAAAUAAAAAGAACAGAGGAAAUAAAAGAGUAAGAUCUAAAAAGUUUACUAAGAAACUAAGUCAUAGAUCUAUUAAAAAAUAAAGUAGUUUAAGAAGCAAAAAACUUAAGAUAGAUAUUUGA